AUGGUAGUGUUGUUCAAUGCUGCCGUUGCCACCAUUAAGACUAAAAGAACCGUCCAAUUUGUUGAUUGGUGCCCUACUGGUUUCAAGUGUGGUAUUAACUACCAGCCGCCCACAGUGGUGCCUGGCGGAGACCUAGCCAAGGUUCAGCGUGAUGUGUGCAUGAUCAGCAACAACACUGCCGUUGCCGAAGUAUUCUCAAGAAUUGACCACAAGUUUGAUCUCAUGUACGCCAAGCGAGCAUUUGUUCACUGGUACGCUGGUGAAGGAAUGGAAGAAGGGGAGUUCUCAGAAGCACGAGAGGACUUGGCUGCACUCGAGAAGGAUUACGAGGAGGUUGGCGCAGAAGGUGCAGAUGAAGACGGGGAAGAUCCUGAAGAUACUAAGUGAUCUUGUUUCCUUAAUGGGAUUUGCUUUUUGUUCAUCUGCUUCGGGGAAUCAUUGUAUCUGCUUGAAGCUUUGCCAUCUUUUUGUGUUGGAAAUUUGGAAUGUUUAAGACCGUAAACCUGAACUGUUUCAGCUA